ACGUGACUCGCAAGAUGGCUGCGCCCUGUUAAUCUUGGCGGUUAGGAGUCAAAAUAAAAUGAUCACAAAAUAUGAACGACAAGGAAUAUGCACCACUUAGUCCCCAGUGUGUUAGGAAUCUAAACGAUAAGUUGUAUGAAAAAAGAAAGACAGGGGCUUUGGAAGUCGAGAGAUUGGUCAGAGAAUAUGUGAUAGCUAAUGACCAUGUGAAGAUCAGGAGGAUUCUGAAAAUUUUGGGAGAUGAUUUUGCAUUGUCUAACCACCCCAAUGCCAGGAAAGGGGGAGCUAUUGGGCUGGCAGCUGCAGCCAUUGGCCUGGGAAAGGAAUCUCAGAAUUAUGUCAGGGACCUGGUUCAGCCCGUCUUGGCCUCCUUCCAAGAUUCAGACAGUAGAGUCCGGUACUACGCCUGUGAAGCCCUUUAUAAUAUUGUCAAGGUGUGCCGAGGGAACGUGCUGCCCUACUUCAAUGAGAUCUUUGAUGGAAUCAGUAAGCUGAUGUCGGACACUGACCAGAAUGUGAAGAACGGGACAGAAUUACUGGACAGAUUAAUCAAGGAUAUUGUUACAGAAAGUCCCUCCUUUGACCUAAUGGCCUUCAUGCCCCUGCUCAGAGAUAGAAUUUACGCAAAAAAUCCAGAAGCUCGGCAGUUCAUUGUCUCCUGGUUAGCAAUAUUGGAUGCUGUACCAGAUAUAAACAUGAUAGUCUUGCUCCCAGAAUUCCUGGAUGGUUUGUUCAAUAUAUUGGGGGAUUCAAAUCCUGAGAUUCGUAAAAUGUGUCAUGAUCUUUUAACCGAAUUUUUGGCUGGAGUAAAAAAUAGUAAUGUUGGUGUUAAAUAUGAAGGCAUGGCUAAUAUCCUCAUCAUUCACUGUAAUAGUAAUGAUGAUCUCAUUCAGUUUACGGCCAUGACCUGGUUAAGAGAGUUCAUAGGUCAAGCAGGUCGUACCAUGAUUCAGUACACACCAGGAAUAAUUAAUGCUGUUCUACCAAACCUACAGAGUGCUUCUGAUAAACAAAGAAACGUUGCUGAGGCAGCUAAGUCCCUGAAUGAUGCAUUGAAGGAUCUUGUAUCUGACACUGAUGACAUUCCUUCAUCACAAGAGGUCAAAAGUGAAGGAUCAGAAAAACUAAAUGAGGAGUCAACAAACAAUCUUUCAAGUUCCUCCCAGCUUGAUGUAAGGGAGGUAAUCAGUGUCAUCUGUCAGAUUCUGGGGAGAGGGAACUUUGGGACUAAGAUAGCGGCCCUGGAAUGGCUGAGUCACAUGCUGACUAAGGUUCCCAAGCGGACAUUUCAGUACGUGGACACAUUCUUCCCGGUACUGUUACAGACACUGUCCGAUGAAUCAGAAGAGGUUGUGCUUUUGGACCUUGAAGCCUUGGCGGAGAUUUCGUCCAAUCCUGCGGGUCUUCAGAAGAAGCCGCCUACCUCUACAAGUCCCGGUAAAACUAAGCCCCAGGAUCACCCCGAGAACUGCGGAGGACUCAACGAGUACUUCUCCAAGUUCAUGGCUUGUCUGGUAGAGCUGUUCAAGAAAGAUAGACAGCUUCUAGAACCAGACGAGCGGGGGUAUUUUAUCAUCAGACAGUUGUGCCAGCUCCUGACAGCGGAAGAUAUUUUUAAAUCCUUUUCCCAUAUUAUAGUGGAUGAGCCCGAUGUAUUGUUUGCCUGUAAAAUUGUUCAGACUCUGAACACCAUUCUAUUAACGUCCACCGAACUCUUUGAACUGAGGACACAACUCAAAAAUCUAGAUACUCAGGGUAGCUGUGCUUUGUUUUGUUGUCUGUAUAAAUCCUGGUGUCAUAGUCCCAUAGCAACCAUUUCCCUGUGUUACCUGACCCAGAACUAUCACCAUGCCAGCGACCUUCUACAGGCCUUUGGUGAUCUAGAAAUCACUGUAGACUUCCUAAAGGAAAUAGACAAACUUGUACAACUGAUCGAAUCUCCUAUAUUUUCUUAUUUGCGGCUUCAGUUGCUGGAUGUUCAACAUAAUCAGGACUUGAUCCGGAGUCUCUACAGUUUACUGAUGCUGCUUCCACAGUCUGAGGCCUUCAAACUCCUACGUAACAGACUGGACUGUAUACCACAGUAUCAACUCAUGGCUAUCAAGGAUAAACCCCAGUCCUCAAAAGACCCUAGACCGCUCGUGUCAAAAAUCAACUUCAAAGACCUGCAUCAGCAUUUCCUACACGUCCAGGCAAGACACAGAGCGGCACGCAGUCAGAAAGUCAAGGCCCCGGUCAGGGCCUGAGGUGGCGGGCAUUAAACGCACAAAAUCUACACAUCUCCUGACACAGCGCUACAUUUAUAACACCAGAGACUGCUGUCAACAGUCAGAGAGAUUGUAGAUAUAGAAAAAGGGAAUUAUCUGUCUUUGCAAACAAUCUGUCUUUCAAAGCAAAAAUUGAUUUAAUGCUUUUACAUGUACAGUUUUUUAUGUAGCUAGUACAGGUACUAGUUUCUAUGUGUAUGGAAAAAGAAUUAUUACUGUAAAAGGAUUGGUAUAAAUACUUAUUACAAUGUUAUCCAUUUCCAGGUAGAUUAAAUUUAUAAUUCCACAAUAAAUUGGAUAUUUAGAUAUUAUCAGGUGAUUCUAAACUGCAGAUUCACAACUUCUGUUCAGUCUGUUGGUAGAAAUUUGUGACUGCAUACCUGUAGAGUAAAUUAAUCCCACACAGGAAAAUGUGUACCCGAAUGUAUGUGAAUUCUAUAAACCAUCUAAAUUUUCUUUUUACAGUAUUAUUUUUUAAAGGUAUAUGCAUACAAAUGGUGGGAACACCACUGUAAUGUUAUCCAUAGAAAUUUUUUUUUGCUUGUGAUUUUUAGAUUUAGUGUGCUGUAGAGCAGAUAAGUCCCUGUAUAACCAAUACAUGUAAGAGUACAAGUGUACCAAUGGAGGGGAAAAGAUGUAUCAGAGUGUAAGAGAUUUGGUAUGAAUGUGUUUGUGUUGAGAGAUUUUCCAGUGCAAUAUCUCUGUUAUGAGUUUUCAGCUCAGUUUUAAGAGCAAGAUAAGGGGGACAAGGCCAGUGUUAGAAAUCAUGAUUAAAGGCCAGCAAUAAUUUAAGGUGAAUUUAACUGUGUGUUUUUGUUACCAUGCACAACUAGUGAAUUACAGAUGCAAUGGUUUGCUAGUAAAACAUAUCUGUUUUAUCUUUAGUUCAUUAUAUUGUAAUUAAUUUUAUUGGCAAUUCAUUGUUUUUGUUUUGUGCAUUAUUCUUUUUUUUUUUUGAAUGCUUUAAACUUCAAGGGUACAAAUAGAAUGUUUCUAGUUAGGUUUUUGGUUUAAUAAGCUUUUGGUGAGAAAUACAGUAAAACUUGUGUAAUCUGGUACAUGAAUUCUUAAAUCUUGCUCAUUACAAUGAAAACCUACAAUUAUUGGCUUUUGAUGAGGUCUACAUGACUAUUCUGGUCAGGUAUUGGUAUCAAUUCCAUAUAGUCACAAGUAGGCCGAAUUAAAAAGCUAGUAACUGUUUUACUAAAUAAUCUGGAUUUUUACAGCAUUUUUGACAAUUUAAUUCUCGUCUCCAACAAGAACAUGUACAAACACACAUAAUUUUAAGUGCAGUGUAACAACACAUGGUAUUUUACAGUUGUAACAACUGUCUAAAAGUGGAAAACAAUAUCUUGAAACAAUAUUAAUACUCAACCAUUUACUACUAGGAGUUUAUAGUCUUGUCAGAACUUAAUGUUGCGGUGAACUUGCUCUGAGAUACAAGUCUUACAGCAAUUAUAGAGCAUCAAAAGUCCUUGUAAUUGAAUAAAAAAAAAAUGUCUAAUUUCAUGUAGGAAUGUCUAAUUCAGCAAACUUCUCUGGAACCAAUUGUGCCCAGAUUAGACCAGUUUUACUCUCCAUAUUACCGUAUUCUUUGGUUCGACAAUUUUUUUCUUUGUUUGGAGAGAAUCCCUUACACAAACAAGACUUCUUAAUGCCUGUUCAUUAAUUUGAUAUAAUAUGAUUUUAUGAAAGGAAUGCUUUCUUUUUUUUAAAUGAAAUGUAUUUGUAAUUUUGAUUAUUUAUAUAAGCACUGUUUUAUUUGUUAUGCACUGUUUGAUCAGAGGGACAUCCAUGUUUGGUGCAGACUUUUUUGUUUAUAGCAAUCAUUCCACAGAGAGUAUCUUGUAUACAAUCAGAUAUGAUUCUCUUUUUUUUCAUAUACAUGUAUGUUGUGAACUUUCUCAUUUUCAUAAUUGAUUUUUAAUAAUAUAUUUAUUGAAUACA